GUCAGUUUCCUACACUCUACCGCCGAGCAUAUACGCUAGUAUAGCAUCGGGGGAUGGAGUAAAGGGAAAGCAAGGAAAAGCAUGGAUACCACCGAAGAAAAGCCGAGCAAAGCGGUCGACAUUUAUCGCGAUACGUGGGUCCGCUUCCUUGGCUAUGCCAAUGAGGUCGGGGAGGCCUUUCGUGCUCUGGUGCCAGUGAGUUUGGUCUGGGGCAGCUAUGCUGUGGCCACUGCGUACGUUACUGCUGAUGCUGUGGACAAAGGGAAGAAGGCAGCUGUGGCCCACGGGGACAACCCAGGGAAGACGACACGGGUAGCGGUAGCAGUGGUGGACACGUUUGUGUGGCAAGCCCUCGCCUCUGUGAUCAUCCCAGGCUUCACCAUUAACCGUGUGUGCGCCGCGUCACUCUACCUGCUGGGCAGAACUACAAAGUGGCCUCUGCCUGUCCGCAAGUGGACCACUACAGCUAUCGGCCUCUCCACCAUCCCCUUCAUCAUCACUCCUAUAGACAGGUCAGUGGAUUUCCUGCUUGACUCGAGCCUUCGGAAAGUCUACAAUGAGGGAGAGAAGCACGAAUGAAGAGGGACCAUGCUGGACACUGUCCCCUCCUGGGUAGAGAGGAGUCCAGUCUACGUAGACCUGUGCUGUUUAUCCACCACUGUGAAGCACUAAACAUGCGUACAGAAGGAUUUCAUGCAGCAAGAUUUCACAGUUAGUCAAAGACACACGUAAUACAAUUAUUUUAUAUCUAAAUGAUAAAAUGUUUAAUGGUAGGUUUAGUUGUUAAAAGUGAAAUCCUACUUUGUGAAAUAUCCCCUUGGGGAUCCUUAACUGUAACCUCUCAGGGCAACCUGGGUAGCAACACCAAAAAAAUAGUUUAAAUAGGAAUGUAACAGUAUGAAAACUGUAUUGCUGCUUUGUUAAGUAUUCUUCGGCAGAGAUACAGUCUACUGUUACAUUCUAGUGAUAGUGAGUACAAAGAAAGCCUCCAGGGUUGCCCUCAUGGGGUAGAGUUGUGAGCCAUUUCUCUGGCCUGCAGAGCCUCACCUCAUUUCUAGAUGUCAAGAGAUUAAUUCCAAAUCAGCCAUAUUCAGUGGUACUGUACAGGCUAAAGAGCCAGUUUGCCAUGAUGUCCCACUUAUUCAUUACUUCCUUUAAGUUUGUCUUAGACUGUUUUUUUUUUUUUUUUUGCUUCUCUCUGAAAACAAAAAUAUCUGUUACUUGGAAAAGCUGUUUCAGGAGCGUCUAAUGCACUUUUCCAUUGUUUCAUUCUACCUUACUGUUGGUCAUUGGAGCCAGGAUUUGCAGCGGGAGCAUUUUAUACAUCCUAGCUGCAAUCUGUAUGAUUCUACCUACACUAUACUGUAUAGUGUGGUACAUAGUUCUAUUAAACUAAGAGUACUUGUAGGAACAUUGGGUAGCACUUGUGCUGUGGACCUCACAAGCAUUUUAAUGAUUUCUCACCAGUAUCAAAACUGUUGGUUACGGAGUUUGUAGUCAGAUAUUAUUAGUUUACAAUACUGUAACAUCUGGAAAUAUUAGACACAACAAGCUGUUCAUCCUUUAGAUUAUUGGCUUUAGAUUAUUGAGACAGUACAGCACUUCUCAAAUACCUGUGAAGGUCAGUGUGUCUAUGCAGGGAAUGGUUUAAGGGAUUCAUUUAGAAAUAAACAGUUACUGUCUGUAUAUUAUUGCCAAGGCGUUUCUUUGAGAAGCCACGUUAUAUACUGUAUCUCAUGCUAAACUAUGCAAGGGAAAUUAGGCAUUGUGUACAUACAUGAGCUUUGCAAAUUACAGGGAAAAGGUAUAAGUGGUUAUAUAAUGUUAAAUAUUCUAAAUAAAAAAUAUAGAAAAA